CUGUCGACAUCCAACUACAGUGGACGCCACUUGACACAGACCGCUGAAGCUGAAGAGAUGGGGGCCUACACAGCGAUACUCGUGCUCGGUCUGCUAGGGGCAAUUCAGAGGUCAGUGACAGAAACGAACAUCACCAGCAAUAGUACAGCAGUGGGAGCGAUGGCAAAUGAGAGGUUUCGGCGUCUUAUACCAUACAUGACAUUUUAUUUUGCACAACAAAAUUAUGAUAAUCAGCCUGUAUACCAGGAAUACAGGGAUGCAGCUCAUGUCCUUCCUGUCUCAAACAACAAACUGUCUGCUGUGCCAAAGUAUCAAGGAAACCUUGUUGUACCAGCCUCCUACCUCUUGCGCUACACUCCAAGGAACCCUCCACAACAGAGUCCUGUUGUCUACCCCGUCAUGCAACAAAUGACAAAUGCUAGAAUUAAACAGCUCACUCCUCGUCCAUUUUCUCCAAGUAGCAAUGGAAAUAACAUUAACAAACCUCAAAAUAACUAUGGAUACCUGGAUCCCUUACCAUCACAAUCCUACCAAAUACAACCGAUUCAAGAUUAUGUAAGACCAAACGUACAACAAUCACUGAACACUUAUGACGGUGCCAGAUCAUUAACAGUAUCACAAAUUUUGAACAUACUGCAAGCAAUACGAAAACUACCACAGACAGUAUCACCAAAUAACAGAGAGCAAACAACAGCCCAACUACUUAACAUACUUAAACAAACUAAUCAACUGCCAACUAGUACUCUAAACAGUCUGGCAACAAUUCUCAGUCAGAUUCCAAGAUAUAAUAAAGUUUACCAAUCUCUAGGCUUUCCUGGGGCACACUCUUCUCAAACAGAAGCUCUUAAUGAGAGGCCUAAACUUGUAAUUUAUACAAAUACAAACCAUCCUGCUAUAACUAAAUCCUUUAUUCAGACUUAUGCCAACAAAAAUUAUGAAAGCAGAAUUCCUCAGAUCUCAACACCUGUUAAAGAUUUAACACAAAAUAUUGAAGAGUAUGAUACUUAUGAUGAUGAACCCAAACCACAGCAACUUCAAGCUGUUACUAGGCCCUUACCUUCAAUUCCUAAACAGACUUUUCUUCAAGCAUCUACAAUAGCCCCAGUAAGUUCUAUUGCUCAAAAUAUCAAUGAGCUGCAAAAUUUUGACUAUAGGUCGGAGGUACUGGAUAAUCCUGACAAUGAAAGCAACAGACAACCUGUCACUCAAAUUUCAUCCAAUAACUAUCCUAUUAAAAAGCCCCAAACAUCAACUUCAAUUCCAGACAUUACCCAAAAUGCUGCAGAGUUGCACACAUAUGGAUAUGCAGCAAAAUUACCCCAACUGCUCCCCAAUUACUAUCGUGGUCGCACCACAACGCAGAUAUUUCCAGCUCCUAAUGCUGAAGGAGGCACUCCUGGACAUCCUGGUGUUGAUUAUCCAACCUAUUCACGCAUUCCUGAAACAAGCUUCACUUGCAAGAACCAGAGGUAUAAAGGUUUCUUUGGUGAUCCAGAAACUUCUUGCCAGGUAUGGCAUUACUGUGACCUGAAUGGUGGACAAGCUUCAUUUCUUUGUCCAAAUGGAACUAUAUUCAGUCAAGUUGGUCUCACAUGUGACUGGUGGUUCAAUGUCCGUUGCUCUUCAACGCCUCAACUGUAUGUGUUAAAUGAGAGGUUAUAUAAAUACAUCCUACCAGUUGCACCAAGCUUUCCUGAAGACUUCUCAGGUCCACUUGUGGACCAAUACCUAGCACUGAAAUACAAAGAAUUAGAAAGUAAGAGAAAGAGUAAGGAAAAUUCCAACAAAACUGAACCAGCUAUUCCAAGUCAAAUAUAAGUAAACUCAUAAGAAAAUAUAGUUCCCACAUACAAGUAUAAUAAUUACAGCAUCAGAAAACACUUCAUUAUAUCAUUCACAAGAUAUCAAUAUGGUUAACCCUCCCUGUCCGAGAAUAGGUAACAUUAACGUCAAAUCCCUUACCAAUAUGAGGCUGGAAACUGAAUUUAAACUCGGAAGUAAUGGUAUUCAUAUUAAAAUAAUAAAACACUCAGCCAACUGAACCACAUAUACCUUACGAUAAUGCAAUGCAUGACCAACAAAGGUUAAUCCAGCAGCUGAAUAACUGCCUAUUUAAACACGACACUGAAAAAGCGACAAUUCAUAAAACACAGUUGUUAUUAAGCAUUUUUUACAGCAGCAAAAAGCCACCUUAUGUGGAGGUCAUGUACAUCAUGUCUGCAACUUAGAAUCAGUACCUAAACUACUGGAUAGAUCUUUCUAAAAACUGACACUCGAGGUUGUCACUAAAAGCUGUCAUGCAAUUCCAAUUUUCUGUCAUUCUGAUCCAUAACGAAGGCCAUUUUAUGCAAAAUCAUAAACAACCUUUCUGUUGCAUGUCCUAAACCAUUAAUCAAAUUCUGGUAAAUUCUGACAAGAAAUAUACAUACAAUAAAAAUCAGACAUUCUUAUUUUUAGUCAUGUAGACUGAAUAUAAAGUCAACUUUAUGUAAGGUCUUAAAUUAACUCAUUCAUGAAUACCAUAAAUGGUUAAUUAUAUUUUCAUGAAAUUUUACAUGAGAGAUCUCUCAUUAAUAUUAGUCAGCCGUGUCGAUUUUUAGCCAUACUGACCAAUUACAAUACUUACUUCGCAUAAAGCCACAAAUGGACUUUUACAUGUAUUUUAUAGUGUUUUACAGAUUUUGUUGUAAUUUGAUACUGUGCAUAAUUAUGCUGUUGAAAUAUGAACUGUAUUAAUUUUAGCAAACAUAUUUUAUGUCUUGCUGGAAUGUCAUUUAUAAACCAUCCACAGCUAGGCUUAAUAUCCCACAAACACUAGAAAAUUGUGUAUACUGCAAGUACAUUAUGGAGUACACUCUUUCUAGGCUUGUUCAACUUGGACAGGCUAUUAUGCAGUCUAGAAUCAAAUGCAUUUUAAGACAUAAAGUCUGAUACUAUUGGAUAAGAAAUUUCCAGAGUGAAGAACACAAAAUUCUAAAUGUAUUCUGUGAAGUUCAGUCACACAUACAGAAGAUGUUGGUGAAAUAAAAAACUGUUAUGCAAUAAUAAGUGGCAUCCAGCCAGCAAACUCUUGUUAUGACAGAGGUGUUCAGCUGUUCAGUUCCUUCAGUUCUUUCAUCCAGCCAUCUAACACAAAAUUACAGUCCCUACCUAAAAAAGGACUUCUUUCUGGACUUCAAAAUGUGCAUUAAUAGUCAUUCAAAUGUGCAGUGUGUUUAUUUGUUCCUUGAAAAGCACUGGUAAAUUGAAGGUUUGAUAUGGGAAUUGGUCUCUUCUUUUCACGUUUCUUUUGCUCCGCUGUGAAGAUAUUUAAUUUUAGCUUUUCCUUUUUUUUUGCACUGACUCUUUGUUUUUGUGUUUUUUUUCUCCACAAAUUACUUGUAAUUGCAGCAGAAUUUUACCAGUACCCCCACAAGACACUAAACUUGAAUUAUUCAAAAUGACAGAAUUUAUGAAUUACUAAAUUAUAUUAUCAUAAUGAGGAACACAGUUCAUAUGCUGAACAUGAACAAUGUAGUCCAAAAUGUUCCAUAUCGUAAGACUACAUCAUGGGAGACAAUAUGUUACAAAGCACUCUUUUCAAAAGCCCCAACCAACAGUCAAAAUUUGGUGUUCCAUAUUAGACAUUUGUGAGAUGUUCAAAUGACGUGCAUUUGCAGAGCUACUAGUGAAUAUGGCUGGUCACAGGUGAUCAUGCAGUUGUGCAAGACAUAUUAACCAUGAGCUGCGCAACAGAAGUGUGAUAUUCGUCUGACCUUAUUAAUGGGGACUAUUCUUAUUUGAGUUGAGAACCCGAAAGAUGGUUCAUUUGAACAACCUCCACACAUCUAUGUUAUAGCAGUGUCCUAGUGAAUAUAACUAAAAAUGAAAAAUUAUAGUUUGUGAAAUCAAUCCCCUUCCAUAACAUACUGAUCAGUUAUGAUUCCUGUGUAAACUAAAAAUAAAAAACCCCAAGAAAAGAACAAACAUGUUUAAAAAUCUCUGUGAUGAUACAAAUAUAUCUAGUCACUUCAAACAUGUGCAAUAUCUACAGCCUCACAUGAAGAGCUUGUUAAUAACUUGGAGAAGAUUCUUCUUUCUAAUUUAUAUUUGUACUGAUCAUAGUUUUGUAAUAAAACUGUUUACAAAUGCAUUCAGGUUAUUUAUACCAACCUACAAUUCCUUCACAUGUGGUGUAAUGAAAGUCUAA